AUGAGGCUACAAAGAGAUUUUACUUUGCUAUCAUUCAAUGUCAGAGGACUAUCUGACCUAUCCAAGCGAAAAAUCCUAUGCCGGGAUCUGAAUGCAUAUGGUGCAACUAUCGGAUGCUUUCAAGAAACGAAGGUCAAAGGCGGGCUAGAUGAGAUACACAACGAGUAUCGAAUCAUUCUCCUUCCAUCAGAAUCACGUCAUUAUGGGCAGGGGUUUGGCAUUCAUAAGACCUUUUGGAAUUCAAUUCACAAAUACUACCGUGUGAACGACCGCAUAUGUGUACUACAACUGAGACAAAAAACUUUGACCAACACGGAUCGAAUAAUCAGCAUUAUAAAUGUCUACGCCCCACAAAGUGGAAGACUGAAGAAGAACAUGGAUGAACUAGACUCUUUCUAUCACAUGCUAUCAAAGACCUACACGAGUAUAAAAACAUCCUUCCUUAUACUAAUUGCCGGUGAUUGGAAUGCUAAGGCAGGCAAAGGCCGUGGUGAAGAAGUGUUCAUGGGCAGACAUGGACGGGGGAUAAGAAAUGCACCAGGUGAAAUGCUUGUGAACUUCUGCAGCAUAUUCAAGCUACUGCUAUGCAAUACGGUCUUUCCUCAUGCGGCACGUCAUAAAACCACGUGGACCGGGACUAGAAGAAACAAAAAUGGGGAGUACGUCAACAUCUAUAAUCAAAUCGAUUAUAUCAUCUGUAGACAAGAAGAAAAACAUCGAUUGCUGGAUGCCAGGUCAUAUGGCGGGGCACUUACACUGAGCGAUCACAAAGCCAUUGUGGCACGAUUGAGACUGAAAAGAAUUUUUGGAUCGCCUCUUUCAAAAGAAAAUGAAUCAAACCGAAUUAGAUACUCAGUGGAAAAACUGAUUACAUCAGAUGUUACCAAGGAAAAAUACUCCCAGGCAAUCAUCGAAAACCUAAAUAACAGAAACGGUAAAAGACCCAAACAAAAGCUUGGAUAUAUUAGAAAAACUUAUUCACAAAGCUGCAACGGAAACCAUUGGACGACUGCAUUCAGAACCACUCAAACCCAAGACUAA